CCCUCUAACUCCUUCUUUGAACAUUCUUCUCCGUCCUCGUCAUGCUUUCGAUCCUCACAUUCAUUCUCAGAGGAAUCUGGGAGGCUUACCUGGAGCCUCUCCUCACAUUCUUUGGACUUUACAAAGUCAACGACCUCUCCUAUGGUCGAAGCCGCAUUCCCUUUUCAGCCAUGGAAAAGCGAUUGCACGCCAACCCCGACGUUCAUGUCUGGUUUGGCAAGGUGAUGCUCGAGAACGGACAAGACUGGGUUUGGUACCAGGUCUGGGAGCCCAUGGAACCCACCUGCAGCCCUCGCCCCGACGUCCUCUUCGUUCAUGGAACUGGCGUCCAUUCAGGCACUUUCGCCAGUCACUCUCGCCGAUAUCUGGACGCGGGAUUCCGCCUCAUCGUUCCCGAUCUGCCUUCCCACGGCUACUCGUCUGGCUUGCACGUCUACCGUCGUAAGUUGAGAGAGUACACGGCAGGACUCCGAGCAGUUUUGCACGAUGUCGCAUCUCGUGACGACAAAAUCUAUGGCCUACGCUCGAAAGCUCAACGUCAACAGACCUUCCUUCUCGGUCUUUCCUUUGGCGGCACCGUCGCUCUCCACUACGGUCUUGACUACCCUCACUCGAUUCGCUCAGACCCGAAGGACCCCGAAGGGAUUCCGAUCGACGGCAUCUGUGUCGUUGGACCAAUCCUCGGCUACUCUCCCACAAACGUUACCUUCCCCCCGUACCUCGUCAAGAUUGCCAACUUCUGCGAAAGCUAUCUCGGCUUGUCUCGCUUCGAGGUGAUGGUUCCACACAAGAAGAGUCUUGACAAAGACCCAAAGGUGUACAAAAGUCUGAUCAACGAGGACAAGCGAAGUCAUCAGGGCGCCUUCCGCCUCGGCCACCUCAAGUGCAUCAACGAUGCUGUCUCGAGACUGCAGCAGGAGGCUGGCAACUUCAACCAUCCAGUCCUUAUUCAACAAGGCGGACAGGAUCGAGUAGCCUGUCCCAUCAAGUCGAUCCGAUGGGUCCGUAGCAUCAAUUCUUCGGACAAGCGCAUGGCCAUCUAUCCCGUCUGUCAGCAUGUCAUUUUCCGAAAAGCAAAGACCGAAGAAGAGGACCAGGCGGGCCGAGUUGCCUGCAUCGGAGACAGCGUCGAAUGGAUGGGUCACCGGGUUGACUGGCCUAGAUCGACUGAUCUGAUCACUUUCAACUCGCCCUUCGAUGCUCAAGGACGAUUCACGCCACCUCAAACCCCUUCCAGCUCAGUCUCAUCUUCCCUGGUUAGCAGCCGCAACACUUCGUACAGCUCUUCUGGUCACUCGACUCCUACAUCUCCGUAUGAACCCGACAUGACAGAGCUGACGCCCUCGCGCUUCCCCGGAACUCCACAAGAGCAAGAAGAUCAGGAUGCAUACAGUAGUGACGGUAAAUUGGACACAGAAACUCCCGCGUUUGGUCGCUUGCCGUUCCUGAUGCACCAAGAGGACAAGGAGGAGCCCCACCCCCUCCUUGCGUCACCGCACAAGACGACACUCCCAGCGCUGGCUCGACUUUGUCCCGAGAGAAGCUACAAGAUCCGAUGGGCAUUGGCCCCGAUCCUUCGCCCUUACGAUAUUCUAGUCUACAAGUCGGCAGCGGAUCUGGGAUCGGCGGGAUCAUUCUCCUCGUGAAUGCUCUCUCGAUCUCUCUCCUCUCGUUUCCCGCUAUCAACGUUUCUUGUCCCUGCAAGGCAAACUCUGCAUUAAUUCCCUCCGUUUCUCCCCUCAUUUGUCCCUUGUUCCGUCCCCGGCACCACCUGCAAGUUUUCAUCCUUCACUCUCGCUUCAGUCUCCUCGAGAUCCUUCACUUUCAUUUCUUUCACACCGUGUCACCGUACAUAAAAGGU